GGGGUUGGGCAGGGGAGGAGAGGAGAGGGAGCUCGGCUCAUGGCUGCUCCUACUGCUGGAGAAGAAGUUGAGCCACAGCCUGAUUGGUGGCUGGCCCUGCUGUGGCUCUGUGGUUACCUGGCCGGGAUGUCUGCCUCGGACAGAGUGGUCGUGGUGCUUGGAGGGGCUGGCACGGUGGGAUCUGGGAUAGUGAAGUCACUGCUGGAGAGAGGUUUCCGAGUCGCUGUUGUCUCCCGUGAUGGAAUCAGGCUGGAGAAACUGAGAAGCUUUGUGCCGGCGCCAACCCUUGACCGUUUGCACACGCUCAUCGGGGAUGUGGGGUCCGAGGAGGGAGCGGAGGCCACCAAGGGAGCCCUGCUGAAGAGUGUCGGGAAGGUCACGGACGUGGUGUCGUCGCUGGGCUUCAGCUGGUGGCAGGGAGGGCCUCCCCACACUCAGACGCUGCAGGAGCUCCAGCGGGUCCUGGAAACGCUGCUGCUGAGCACCUUCACGUCCUGGAAAGCAUUCUUCCCUCUGGUCAAGGAGAAUCCCAGCGGCUCCUACACCUUCAUCACAGGAGGGGCUGGUGAGCGUCUCCUCAUGCCAGGCACAGGAUUCCUGACAUUGGGGGCCGCGGGCGCACUGGCCUUCUGCCGGGUGGUCCGGGAGGAGUACCCAGAUGUGCCCUGCAAGCUGAACGAGGUGAAGAUUGACAUGGGGGUGGCAACCCCGGAGUGUUUGCGCCCCGGCUACGUGAGUCACCUGGAAGUGGGAGAGGCAGUGGCCUCCCUGGUCGAGAAGGGGAGCGUCUCCCACGCGGUGCUGUGCGCCAAGUCGCCAGCUGAUCUGAAGGCCCUGACCCUAGAAGGGAAGAUCUGAGGCCUUUGCGAAGCCCUCUUGAGCUAUAUCCACUCUAAGCCCCCCCUGCUCCCUUGUACAGGGCUCCUGGUACAUCUGCCCCAUGCUCCGGUCCCUGGCCGGGACGGGUGGGCUCAGCUGGGAGUCGACUCUGAGCAGCAGCUGCCUUGCACCGUGACAGCACCGCAUCACUCUGCUCUCUGGCUCGCCGCCUAGUGAGGGUAGCUGCCUCCUUUCCCUGCUGGGGACCCAGGACCCUCUUCUCUCUAAGCCCCUUUCUCUCCUCCCUGGCCCAGCAGAGGAAGGGCCAGGCUAGGCGUGGACAGAGGGGAGGCACAAGCAGCUGCUGUGGCUGGCACCUCCAUUCCCAAACCCUGGCAGGAAUUCAGGCUGGGCACAGAAACGGCUGGUGCAGCAGGCAGUUCUGUGAAGAACAGCUGGGCCCCAGCAGAGGGGGAAGCCAGCCCCAAGCACCCUGCUCGCUGUGGGGUCCCCAGCAGCCAAAGACCAAGCGCCACAUUUCAGCUCCUUCUCCAGCCAGCUGUCUGCUCUGUUGAGUCGUGCCCAGCUGGGUAGGUCAGUCCUUCCAGCCAGCGUGUGGCCUGGCCUCCCCAGCUUGCCCUACGUCCCCUCCGCCUCUCAGAGGCUGCGAUUUUUAUCAGGCCUUUCCACGCUGUGAGCUGCCGUGCUCGGUGUCCCAUCCUUGGAGCAGGGGAGCUCGGGGUGCUUGCGAGACGUACAGCCCCGGGCCCUGGUGUUGCUUCCUCCAUCGUAGCGUAGCUCUGAAAGUUACGUGCUCCAGUUGGCACCAGGUCUCCUGCCCCAGGGCUGGGCACAUUGUCUGCCAACCUCCGCCCGGCUCUCUGCUCCCGGUAGAUGUGUCUCAUGGUUGCAUUGUUUUGCAUGUUUCAGAGUAGCAGCCGUGUUAGUCUGUAAUCGCAAAAAGAAGAGUACUUGUGGCACCUUAGAGACUAAUCAAUUUAUUUGAGCAUAAUUAGUCUCUAAGGUGCCACAAGUACUCCUUUUCUUAUUGUUUUGCAUGUUUUAAUAAACGUUAUUUGUA